CAAGAACAGCUUUGCGCUGCUGCGUACAUGGGGGACAAGGAGACAGCCAUCAAAUUACUAGACAAGGGAGUCGACAUCAACUGUGCCGACGAGUACGGCAAGACCCCGCUACACCACGCAACGACAGGCAAACGCAUAGAGUUCGUUGAGUUUUUACUGAGUCGCGGAGCGGAGCUUACGAAACAAGACCAGAGAGGUGACACACCCUUACACGCGGCGGUUAGGACUGGUGACGAGGCGAUAGUCAAGACGCUGGUGUCAAAUGAGAAGUGCAACGUGAAUGCGAAAGGGCGAGGUCUUUGUACACCUCUACACAUCGCAUGCGGAAUGGAUAAGCUCAAGAUCUGCAAGUUGCUGAUAGAGCACGAGGCACGAAUCGACCUGAAGGACGAAGACAAAAUGACACCGCUGGGUCACGCGGUGGAGAAAGGUGCCAAGAACACAGCGGAGUAUAUCUUUAGUAUUGCUAAGGCGAAGAUGGAAAAUCUAGACAGCCUGCUUUACCAAGCAGAUAUAGAUGGGAGUACGUUGCUUCAUAUGGCGGUGGAAAGCGGCGUAACCGAAAUCGUGGCAUUGUGUCUAAAUCACGGAGCAAGAGUGAGAGAACCGAAGGAUAAGCACAGCCCUUCAGCAUUUCACUUGGCGUGUGCCCAGGGGUCAGUAGAGAUGGUGAAACUGAUGGUUGAAAAGGACCCUGUUAUCUGUCGUAUUACACUCAUAGACAGAGAUGGCAUGUCGCCGCUACACCGAGCUGCAGCCAACAAUCAGACGAAUAUCGUGGAGUUUUUACUUGAUCAGGGUGCCCAAGUGGACCUACCUGACAAGACCCAUUGCACUCCUCUAUUCAUGGCGGCAUCUAACGGCGCUACUGAGACCGUGAAGCUCCUCAUGUCACGCGGUGCGAACGUGACUUCUAAGAACGUCGCCAUGGAGUCGGUGCUCCACGCGGCCGUAGGGCACAUGAGAACGACUGAGGCGCUGCUAAACGGUUCAGGGGCGGCGUAUCUUAUCCCAGAGAAGGACAGAGAUGGAUACGCCCCAAUCCACCGUGCGGCGAGGGGUGGUUACUUACAGAAUAUUCAUCUGUUUAUGACCAAAAACAAGGCGGCAGCCGGAAUAACAGCGGACUCUCUAGACACCCCAUUACAUGUCGCCUGCAAGUUCGGUUGGCUUGAGAUAGUAGAUGAUCUACUAGUGGGACGCAAUGUACGUAUGAUCAACUUGAAAAACAACCACGGCAAGACGCCACUGCACUUUGCUGCUGGCGAAGGACACGACAAGGUGGUAGAGCUACUCCUGGACCGCGGCGCCACCAUAGACAGGGACCAUACCGAACGAACACCGUUACACUUGGCCGCCAUUACAGGCUCCAAACGGUGCGUCGAGUGCAUUUUGAUAAAGCACCCAGACUGUUUGAACAGUGUCGACGAAGAUCAGAAUAUCGCGCUUAAUCUUGCCUCCAUGCAUGGCCACGUGGAUAUCGUCAAACACCUGCUGUCCAUCCCACAGCAAGACAUCCUUAUGAACAACUUCAAUCAGAACGCGCUGGACAUCGCUAUUAAGAAGGAGAAGACAGAGGUUGCUAUGGCCAUGGCUGAAAACGACAGAUGGAGGGAAUUGAUGAAUACAUCAUCGCCUGGUGGACUUGGCCAAAUGAAAGUGCUUUUGAUCAAGAUGCCCGAAGUCGCAGAGAAAUUGUUAGACCGCUGCGUUUUGAAGGAAGGAGAUCCUCUUAAACAAAACUACAAGGUUACCUACGACUUUGCCUUCCUUCAAGGAAAGAUUACCAAGACAGCAAGAAAACAUGAUCCUUUGAGAGUGCUCAGGGCUAUGACCAGUUACCGCAGAGACAAGUGCCUGAUGCACCACGUGCCAUUCAAGCUAAUGAACCUCAAAUGGCAGACGUUUGGUUGGCUGUCACUUUGGCUCAAUCUGUUUAUUUAUCUCAUGUACCUGAUGCCAUUAACGGUUCUCGCAGUCCACUCGAAACAAAACGAAAACACGAUCUGCAACUUCAAUUCCUCCAUUUCUAAAUCUGAAUACUCGGGAAAGACUGUGCCGUGUGACAGCAAGGAUACGGUCAUCCAGGUGAUGCACUUCAGCGUGAUGCUGAUGACAGCCUUCAUGUGUCUUCGGGAGUUCAUGCAGAUGUACAACAAUCGGUUACAAUACUUCUUUUACAUGCCGAACUAUAUGGAGUGGACGGCGUACAUCUUCACCUUCCUGUUCGUCUUUCCGCCAUGUCACUGCAAGUGGGGUGUACAGUUGCAGUUUGGUGCAGUAUCGCUCUUCUUUAGCUGGUUAAAUCUUAUUCUCUACUUCAGAAAGCUUUCAUUCUAUGGGCAAUACGUCAUUAUGCUGGCGUCUAUAUUCGUGACACUUGCAAAGGUCUUGAUGCUCUUCUUCCUUUUUGUCAUGGCGUUUGGUGUCACCUUCUACAUUCUGCUUGAGAACGUGGAAAGCUUUGAUAGACUGGAGACGUCCUUGAUGACAACAUUCGUGAUGACACUUGGUGAGAUAAACUAUGGCGACACAUUCAUGCCGUGGAACAAACUGCACUAUGCAACAUUCAUCAACAUUCUCUUCAUAUUCUUUGCUCUGGGGAUGCCAAUUAUUCUCAUGAACAUGUUGGUCGGUUUGGCUGUUGGUGACAUUGACAGUAUCCAGAAGAAUGCAGUAAUCGACAGAUACGUCAUGCAGAUCGAGAUGCUGCUCGAUACUGAAGAUGCAAUUCCAAGGAGGAUAAGGCGGGGGUUCAAUUUUGACAAGGUUGUGGAAUACCCCAACAAACCAGUUUCACUAAGACGCAAGGUCUACAAUGCCAUAUUUGGCUUUGAGCAUCCAAACCAAGACCAGGAAGAGGAAGAAAGACUACAGGAAAAAGAAAAUAAUGAACGAGACAACAUUGCUACCAAGCUGGAAAACCAGGAAACAAGGAUCAACCAAAUAUAUGAGCUGCUCCAGAUUCAAUCACAGAUGCUGCAUAAGUUGAGUGGUGGAGAUGAGGAAGAGGAACAAGAAACAAAAAAGAAACGCAGCUUUUUUCUGCUGAGCUAGAAUUUUCAUAGAGUACUACUCUGCCUAGCAAUAAGGGGUGAAUUGAUAAGAACUUUAGUGCUGAGAAAGGGAGACACAUACCCAGGUUUGGCUGAGGGGAUGUACAGUUAUAGGUAUCAAUAAAAUCUGACCUCCUAGAAUUAGGGCAAUCUUUUGUUGCUAGAGGCCACUAUUCAGUAUCAAUACAUAAAACAGUUGACUUAUAAGGCAUCAAAAGAUAAACAGUGCUGUAAGCGAUAGAAAUGAUGGCGUUAGAGGAAAGAGAAAGUGUCGUGAAGUCUGGGCUGUUAAUAAUAAUCAUAAUGAUAGUAUUGUACCUGAAUUACCUUGAAUAAACACCAUACAAACAGCAUCCACAGUUAUAACAUGAUUGUUGUUAUUUCAUAUAAAUUCCUGUUCUGUUACCUGUGAGGUAAUUUCGCAUUAUCCAUACGCAUUGUGAAAAAAAAUUGUAAAGGAUUUGAGCUUUUUUAAUCAGACCUGAUUUAGGGUCAUAUAGGAGAUUUUGUCUACAACUGCAGACAUUAACAGCUAUUGAACUCUUUCCAACUUCUAUUUGGAGGGAAAUGGGGAGGGGAAUAGGAGCUUUUGUCUACAGCUGAGAAAUUAACAGCAAUUAUAGUCAUUGUCAACUUCUAUUUGGAGGGAAACAGGGAGGGAAUAGGAGCUUUUGUCUACAGCUGAGAAAUUAACAGCAAUUAUAGUCAUUGUCAAUUUCUAUUUGGAGGGAAACGGGGAGGGAAUAGGAGCUUUUGUCUACAGCUGAGAAAUUAACAGCAAUUAUAGUCAUUGUCAAUUUCUAUUUGGAGGGAAACGGGGAGGGAAUAGGAGCUUUUGUCUACAGCUGAGAAAUUAACAGCUAUUCAAGGCAUUGUCAAUUUAUAUAUGGAGAGAAACAGGGAGUAAAAAUAAAGAUUUAUAGUAAAUAAUAAGUGGUGCUGCUCGAA